AUGGAGACUUUGGCCAACGACACGCAUCCACAGUGGUGGAAAGAUUCUGGUAUGCGGAAACUCAAUUUUCUGCUCCUCGCAUGUUACAUAGGGGCCAUGGCCAACGGCUACAUCAGCUCUCUGAUCUCAAAUCUCAUUGCCAACCCCAGAUACUUCCACGAUAUACAGGGACUUUCCCAUCCUAAGUUACUCGGAUUGGUUACAGCUGCUCAAUCUAUGGGAUGCAUUGCUGCUUUCUUUCCAGCACCCUGGCUAUCGGACAAGUACGGCCGUCGCGUGGGAAUCAUCGUUGGUAACAUUGGAAUGAUAGCCGGCUUUACGGGGCAAAUAUUCUGCACAAGAUUUGAUCAAUUCCUUGGAAUGCGUAUACUCGUUGGCUUUUCGAGCAUCUCCAACACGAUUUCGUCCUCGGCUCUACUCGUCGAACUGGCGCAUCCACGUCAAAGAGCUAUUGCAGGUGCGCUCUUCAACACAUGCUACUUCAUUGGUUCGAUUACUGCGGCUUGGGCAUCCUACGGGGCUCUGAGAAUACGGGGUUCAUGGUCAUGGAAGUUACCGGUUGCUAUCCAGCUGUUCUGGUCACUAGCGCAGCUGAGUUUGAUCAUGUUCUGCCCCGAGUCACCUAGAUGGCUUGUUCGGCAUGGGGAACAAGAGAAGGCCAAAUCUAUCAUGGUACGGUAUCAUGCUAAUGGUCUUGAUGGAGAUGAGCUAGUGUGUUCGGAGUUCGCAAGGAUGUGUGCAUCGACUGCGGUUGAGGCUCAGAACAACACGACUGGCUGGCUUGCUUUGCUUGCGACACCAGGCAACCGCAAACGUCUCAUUCUGUCCGUGGUUAUAGCCGUAGCCACACAGUGGGUUGGAAACGGAAUCAUCAGCUUCUACUUAGCGCCGGUACUGCGAACGGUCGGAAUCACCAACUCCCUCCACCAACAAGGCAUCAACGGCGGACUCCAGAUCUACGUCUGGCUCUUAGCUUGUGGUGCCGCACUUUUAUGCGAGAAGGCUGGUCGACGGCGCCUCUUCCUGACAUCCACUGGCUUGAUGUUAGUCUUCAUGGUGCUCAUAACGAUCUGCUCGGCUCUAUACUCAGCUACCGGCUCCACAUCUGCAGGCUACGCAGUCAUCGUGUUCCUCUUCCUCUUCUUCGGCGGCUAUGUCAUUGGUCUGACACCCAUACCCAUCCUCUACGUCAAUGAAAUCUGGCCGAGCCAUCUUCGAACCAAAGGCACAAGUGUAUUUUGGGUAUCACAAGCAGUAUCUAUUACCUUCAACCAGUUUGUGAAUCCGGUGGCGAUUGACAAGAUUGCUUGGAAGUACUAUUUGGUCUACAUUGGUGUUCUGAUCGCUGUUAUCAACUUCAUAUUCUUUUACGUGCCGGAGACGAAGGGCCUGUCUUUGGAGCAGAUUAGUGGUAUAUUCGAUCCUGUACAGGAAGUCACUGUCGAACUACAAGAUGUAAGACGAAAGGACAGGGCGUAA